AUGGGGCGCAUUUUCAAGUGGACAGUGUUGUUGAUCGCGCUGAUACAAUCGUUGGUAGUCUCGCAAACAUCACUGGCAUACUGUCCCGAUGCUACAAGACCACACGCGUCUCGGUGCGAUCAGUACUUGCGCUGUGACAACCUAGCAAACGGAGAUCACGUGUGGACCACGGUACAGUGUCACAAAGGGCUCGUGUAUAGGCAAUAUAUCGGCACGUGCGUCGUCCCGGAUAACGACUGGGAAUGUGAUUUAUCGGCCGAAGAUGAUCGGAACACGAGUGACGAAAACGUGUAUGGCAUUGACAAUCUUCAGUACAGUGGGCCAAGCAGCACAGCGCUUGAUGAUGGGAUCGAACUCAGCCGUGCCAUGUUUCCAGACGACCAUGAAUCCAGUGGUGACGGGUGUUUGGACCAGCCAUUUAAUGAGCCGGAAGCAGGCAGCUCGCAAAGCGUUGAAAAUUCAUCAGUAUCUCUUUUGAAGGAACCAAGUGUCACGUCCACGACUAAACCGGCGAUUAAACCAGCUGAAAGUGCCGAGACGACAUUGCAACAACUUAAGAAGCUCAUUAAGCAUCAACAGAACUGGUUCAACACGCAGAUGAAGCGACGCAACUUCUUAUCGGCAGAGAAGGGGCAUUAUUCUACUGCUUCUUCUCAGGAGGCGCAAGCGAGGAUCCCAACUCGCAGCAAUUUGGACACUAUCAUUGCUAGUUCCAGUACGGAUGCUCCUAAGCCUGCCCAUGGAAUCGUGUCCGAGGACAUCAUCAGGAACUUGCUCAACAUAUCGCAGCAGUUAAUUUCGAACCAGAAAGACGCUGCCGCGCUCAGAACAAACGUAGAGAAGAAGCCCAUAGUAACACCGAUCUAUAUUCCCGUCCCUGUUGGACCGGCAUACCAAUCGUCUCACCAAGAUUAUGCCACAAAAAUUCUAAACAACUCCCAAGAUCCCCCGGUUGGCGUAAGCUUAACGAACGCAUAUAACAUCCCGCAAAAAUACUACACUCCGCAGGGCAAUCCUGGUACAAAGCUUCAACAGAACGAAUUUGUACAGCAAGGACCAAUUCUCUACGAUGGUUAUGGUAACCAAAUCUUGCCAAUGCCAUCGUACCCACAACAGUUUGGACCGUUUAAUGCAUAUCAAAAUCCAACCCACAACCCUUAUACGGCACAACGGCUAGAGCAACAGAAUUCCCCGUACAACACACCUGGCAUUGCUGGUCCUGGCACCGGACAAUUACUGCAAGCGCCAGUUGGUAAUCAAGGAUCGUAUAACAAUUUCCAACCGCUCGGUUCACCGGUAAACUAUAACCAACAACCCAAUAACAACUUCCAACAGCUCAAUCCAUCAGUAAACUACAACAGGCAGCCAGAUUACGCUGCUCAGCAUGUUUCCUUCAAUCGAAACGAACUGCUUGACCAAACAGCGCCUGAAGAUAGCGAUGUAGACGAAGGUAGCGACGAGAGUGACUAUGCCGAAUCGAAACCAGCCUCUCAGGCAGCCUUUACCGACGAGCUGAGCGAUUCCGAUGAAUCAGCUGGCUCAGCGUCCCAUUUGCAGAUGAAACUGUUUGCACUGGGCGACGACACAACGCUGGACUACGAUCAGUACAAGGAUAGCCUGAUGCCGAUGCUGGAAGCCAAUCCGCACGAUAGCCGUAUCUCGGUGCUCACUUGCUCCCUUGGCAGUCGCCAACCGAACCGUACCGACUGCUUCCGGUACUACGUCUGCAAUCCCCACAAUGGCAUGUUCCAGACCUUUACCUGUCCGAGCAAUACCGCGUUCAACAAGGUUACGCGACUCUGCGAUACGGUAUCGUACAAGCCCUGUCAAGCGUUGAAAACCGAACAACAGAAGCACCCACAGCCACUGCUACGAGAACAGGCUCUGUCCAAGCGACGCAAACAGUACGCGCACCGGAAACAGCAAAAGAACCCAACCGAAAAAGAACUGCUACGAACGGCCCAGAAGUAUGUCGCAUUGAUCCGUCGGGAAGCGAUGAAGGUCUUGACACGCACCAGCGACGCACAACAGUCGGUGCCAUUGACGGUGCUGCAUCGGAAGGCACCGGUAGUAUCUGAGAGUACUAAGCUGGCCACUAAAACCACCACGACACCGACUACGAAGGCAAACCGAACUGCGCCACGCUGCCACUUAGAAGGGCGCAUGGCCGAUCCAGUUGAUAACCACAACUACUACCUCUGCCAUCGGAAGAGUCCAAAAAAAUUCACAAAGCUGAAGAUGGCAUGCCCGACCGGAUUGAUAUACUGUGCUGCGUCCCAGUACUGCACCCUGGCCCCGAAUUGUUAA